AUGGAGUUCCAGUCGUCGGAUACAUGUGGAACACAACGAACACAGCAGAAGCCUCUCGCGUCUCAUCCCCCGAAUACAAUGCGAAAAAGUCUGUACAAAAAAUAGACAAAUAAAGAGCAGGAGCGAAAACACCACUCUGUGCAUAAAAUAUAACUCCCGGAGAACUGAAUACCUGCAAAAAAUACGCGUUAAAUGGAAUUACGGUGCGGGAAUUGAUAAAGUGAAGUGUGUUACAGCUAGAGAGCAAGUGAAACAAAACGAAUACAUUAAUAAUUCAUGCCCCUCAGAGUCAGAGUCAGAAGCUUACUAGUUUGAUAAGAAAUUCAACGUAAAUCUGAUAUAAUGUAGAAAAGUGGUACAAAGAAAUAUACACAGCAUAUACCAUAUAGCAUAUAGCACAGAACACUGAACAUAGAACAUAGAACACACCGCAAACUCAAACAAAGUUGACAAAAAAAGCUCACGCCCCUCACGUCUCAGUUUUUUCUCGGAUUAUUUGUGAAAGUGCAACAAACACAUAUAAAAAACAGGGAGGAGAGGGCACAGCAAAAAAUAGAAAAAACAGUGACGGCAGGACCUGCAAAGGAAUUGCCAUCAUUUGGGGAUUACGGAAUUAUCGGGAUCCGUUCUCAUUAAAAUGGAUUUAAGGCAAUGCCAAUGUGCUGAGCUGCAUUUGUGCAUGGGAUUGGGAUUAUCGAUUGUAAUGCGCAGUCAUCAAAUUAUGUUUGAACAACGCCGCCGCAACAGCGAUAAUAGCAACAACAUAAACAACAAACACUGAAUUGGCCCCUGACCCCCUUUGUCAGCCCCCCCUCCAUCCAGCACCCCCUACGCCCCUGCCCACGCAAAAGGAGCAGCGAAAGAGAAGAAGCGUCUUAUGAAACAAUUGAAGCACCGGCCAAAGGAGCAAAGGAGCAGACAAAGACAGAGACAAAAACAACGGCAAAGGAUAAAGCGGAGAACGAGAAGAAGAGGAAGCAGUAGUAGCAAAGCAGGAAACAACAACAACAAAAACAACCGCAACAUCGCAUUUUUAAACGGCAAUACGCAAAGAUAUGACAAGUGAUGGUGCUGUUACGUUUUGGAUAUUUUUGCUUUGUUUGAUCGCCUCGCCGCACCUGCAAGGGGGCGUGGCCGGGAGGCCCGAUGAGCUGCACAUCGGCGGCAUCUUUCCGAUAGCCGGCAAAGGAGGAUGGCAGGGCGGACAGGCGUGCAUGCCUGCCGCAAGACUGGCGUUGGAUGAUGUCAACAAGCAGCCGAAUCUGCUGCCGGGCUUCAAGCUCAUCCUGCACAGCAACGACAGCGAGUGUGAGCCUGGUUUGGGCGCCAGCGUGAUGUACAAUCUGCUCUAUAAUAAACCGCAAAAGCUGAUGCUGCUGGCAGGAUGCAGCACGGUCUGCACCACUGUAGCCGAGGCUGCCAAAAUGUGGAAUCUAAUUGUGCUCUGCUACGGGGCCUCGAGCCCGGCUCUGUCGGAUCGCAAGCGGUUUCCCACUCUAUUCCGCACCCAUCCAUCGGCCACGGUGCACAAUCCCACGCGCAUCAAGCUGAUGAAGAAGUUCGGCUGGUCACGGGUGGCCAUUCUACAACAGGCGGAGGAGGUCUUUAUAUCGACCGUGGAGGAUCUCGAGAAUCGAUGCAUGGAGGCUGGCGUUGAAAUCGUAACUAGACAAUCAUUUCUAUCCGAUCCAACAGACGCCGUGCGCAAUUUGCGACGCCAGGAUGCACGCAUCAUUGUGGGACUCUUCUACGUGGUGGCCGCCAGGAGGGUUCUCUGCGAGAUGUACAAGCAGCAGCUGUAUGGGCGAGCUCAUGUAUGGUUCUUCAUUGGCUGGUACGAAGACAACUGGUACGAGGUCAAUCUGAAGGCAGAGGGCAUCACCUGCACUGUUGAGCAAAUGCGCAUUGCUGCCGAGGGACAUCUGACGACAGAAGCACUCAUGUGGAAUCAGAACAAUCAGACAACUAUAUCCGGAAUGACUGCAGAGGAAUUUCGACAUCGACUGAAUCAGGCGCUAAUCGAAGAGGGUUACGACAUCAAUCACGAUCGCUAUCCGGAGGGCUAUCAGGAGGCACCCCUGGCCUACGAUGCAGUGUGGAGUGUGGCUUUGGCCUUCAACAAAACCAUGGAACGAUUGACGAGCGGAAAGAAAUCUCUGAGGGACUUUACCUAUACGGACAAGGAAAUUGCCGAUGAAAUAUACGCUGCCAUGAACUCCACACAGUUUCUGGGUGUAUCUGGCGUGGUGGCAUUCAGUUCUCAAGGCGAUCGUAUUGCUCUUACUCAGAUCGAACAGAUGAUAGACGGCAAGUACGAGAAAUUGGGAUACUACGACACUCAGUUGGAUAACCUAUCCUGGUUGAAUACUGAACAGUGGAUUGGUGGCAAGGUUCCUCAAGAUCGCACAAUUGUCACCCAUGUUCUACGCACUGUGUCCUUGCCAUUAUUUGUGUGCAUGUGCACAAUAUCCAGUUGUGGCAUAUUCGUUGCCUUCGCCUUGAUCAUCUUUAAUAUAUGGAAUAAGCAUAGAAGAGUAAUACAAUCCUCGCAUCCCGUUUGCAAUACGAUCAUGUUAUUUGGUGUCAUCAUCUGUCUAAUAUCUGUCAUCUUACUGGGUAUCGACGGACGCUUUGUCAGCCCCGAGGAAUAUCCACAGAUUUGUCAAGCGCGGGCUUGGUUACUAUCCACCGGUUUUACACUAGCAUACGGUGCUAUGUUCAGCAAGGUCUGGCGUGUGCAUCGCUUUACAACAAAAGCAAAAACUGACCCAAAGAAAAAAGUGGAACCUUGGAAGCUAUACACCAUGGUUUCGGGGCUCUUAUCAAUAGAUUUAGUGAUAUUACUCUCAUGGCAGAUCUUUGAUCCGCUGCAGCGUUAUCUCGAAACAUUCCCACUCGAAGAUCCAGUAUCUACUACUGAUGAUAUUAAAAUACGUCCAGAGCUUGAGCAUUGUGAAAGUCAACGCAACUCCAUGUGGUUGGGUCUUGUAUAUGGCUUCAAGGGGCUAAUCCUGGUGUUUGGUCUGUUUUUGGCCUACGAGACACGCUCCAUUAAAGUGAAACAGAUCAACGAUUCGCGUUAUGUGGGCAUGAGCAUCUACAACGUGGUGGUCCUCUGCCUGAUAACUGCUCCGGUGGGCAUGGUCAUUGCAUCGCAACAGGACGCGUCCUUUGCCUUCGUUGCUCUAGCUGUGAUAUUCUGUUGUUUCCUAAGCAUGCUGCUGAUAUUUGUGCCAAAGGUCAUUGAGGUCAUACGUCAUCCCAAGGAUAAGGCCGAAUCGAAAUACAAUCCCGAUUCAGCCAUUUCGAAGGAGGAUGAAGAACGCUAUCAGAAACUUGUUACAGAAAACGAGGAAUUGCAACGAUUAAUAACACAGAAGGAGGAAAAGAUUCGAGUCCUGCGACAGCGGCUGGUGGAGCGGGGCGACGCCAAGGGCACAGAACUGAAUGGUGCAACAGGUGCCGCCCCCGCAGGUGCCGUGGCGACCACUUCGCAGCCCGCCUCCCUCAUCAACUCAUCCGCACAUGCCACGCCUGCAGCCACACUCGCAAUCACACAAGAUACUCAUGAGCAUCGUACAUGAAAAAACUUGUCAAUUUCCUUUGCGUGAUAGGUGAAUUAUACAAAAGAUAUGAAAUGCAAAUAAUGAUGCUAAAGGAAGAUGGAUUUAAACAAACACGUACUUAAAGAACUUUGUAUCAACUUUAAGCUGAGCUAAAUAAGUGAAUUGGUAGCAGCAAUUUUGUAGAAUAAUGAAAUAUGUAUUGUACCUUAAACGUGUUUAGCAUUAACAUUGAAAACGAAGUAAUUUUAACUUAAAAGAAAACAAAAAAUCGACACUAGCAUCUAAACUAAGCGAAUUGUUAGGCUUUAAAGUUGCAACUCAGAAACCAAAAAUUCUAGCAAAUCAAGAAAAUCCUGUAAAAAACGAUCGUGUUAAAGUUAGUAAUUUUUAAAUGCAGAAAGGGAAGAGUAAUUGUUGUUUUUUCUUGUUUAGUAAAUACUGUUCUUGGGUUAGACGAAUUAUCUUUUUAAACCUCAUUUGCUCAGCGCUGUCUCCUAGAGCUCUCUAUACUUAAUUAUAAUAAAUCUGCAUAGAUGAAAAUUCCCCAAAAGGCGGCCUUCUCCUGAUUCUUAGUUUUUAUUUACUUCUUUUUUCUGAACCAGGUCGCGGCAAUACAAACCAAACUCCUAGACUCCGGGAAUCAAACCAUGGAACUCUGUCCUUCUCGACAGGAUAAUCGGUUUGGUUCCCAAUAUGUUAGCUAAGUUAGCUUUAGGCACUUUGAAUAGAUCCAUGUGUGUAUGUGAGGUGUAAAUGUGCACUCGAUAAAAGUUUUAAUAGUUUACAUUUCAGCAAAUCGUAAAGAGCACAAAUCGAAUGACAAGUCUAGCAAAUAUUAGAUAAUGAAGGGAUAUGUAUACAUUUAGCUUAGACUAGUGUAGCAUCAAAAGUUAAUAUAUUACAUUAUGGAUGGGUUGAGUGCUCAAGAAACGUUUUAAUUUUUAUGUACUGUUAUACAUAGACAAAUUAAAUGGUAAUGAGAAAUUUUUGAACCUACUGUAAGUUCUAAAAUCGCAUUUAUAAAGUAUAUAUAUUAUACACCGGAACCGAGGAGAGACCGAGCAUAAUUGAGGACGUCGUUAUAUAGGAAUUGACUUUAUUUAAACUAAUACUAAACUGAACCCUAUUGACAAAUGAUUAACUUACUCACUUGCAUAACAUACUAUCACUCACUCACCCUUCAACGAAAUCGAAUCUUUUCAAUUCAAUUCAAACUCACUCACAUCCAAGUAAAACGGAAUUAUAUAAAAAAAAAACAUCACAAAAAGUGCUAUAAGAAACAUACAUAGACAACAUCAAAUUCCUACGAAAUGAAAGACUUUAAAAUCUAAGCCGUUAAAAAAAUGGAAAACCAAGCAAAAGAAAUGAAUACUAUACACACGAUAAACCAUGAUUAUAUAUAAAUAUUGAAAUAUAUAUGAAAUUUACACAUGGCGAAGAACAUCUCUAGUACAUUGAUAUUUGUUAAGAGUCGUUGGAAUUUGUAGUUUAAUUGGAUUGUAUUUCAUACACAUAUAGGGAACGCUGUUAGGGUAGACGUGUAACUCGAGAUCAUGUAUAUUGUAUAUAGAGCAUUUAGCUGCGCCUCCUAAAAACACAAAAACAUAGAAGAGCCACAACGGCAACCAAAUCUACAAAUGCAACAAGUAAUCGACAUUUAUUUUCGAAUCCGAAUCAAUUAUUUGCUUUUGUCCUCAAAUCACAGCCGAAAGAAGAACUUCUAGCAAAGUAAGACACAGUUUAGCCAAGCUAAUUGUUGUAUAAAUACGAGUAAAUAGAAAAAGCAAAGGUUAAAUAAAUCCAGAAUUAUUUCAAAGGAAAACACAAAAAAGUGAAAUUCUACUGUUAGUGACAAAAUAAAUAUGAACCACGACAAAUGGUAGCAAUAUGCAGGAAAAAACAAAAGGUCAAAGUAAUGAAAAACUCGGUAUGUUCUUAUGAAUGUAACACUAACGAAUUAAUUUAAAGUUUAAUAAAACGGAAUAAAUGAGAAUUUUACUGAAUAAAAAACACAAAACAGAA